AUGCACACCCCAACCAUCCUCCUCAUCGCGGCCGCCGCCAGCGCUGCCGUCGCCGCGCCUAUCACCCUCAACCCUACCAACCCCACCGACUCAACCAACAAGAUCAACUACAACGCCCCCGUUGCCAAGGCACUUGCCUCAGCCGGUAUGGUCGACACAGAAGGCCACUGCAUGCACCCUCUGCACGACGGCCUCGCGUACCCACCGCGUUCCGCCCUCUAUGCUGCUGACACCGCCGCUGUUGACACCGCCGCCGCUUCCCGUGCCGCCAUGGUCGCUAUGGACACCGCCGCUGUUGACGCCGCUCGCGCUUCCGUUGUCGCUGGCCACGUAGACGAGGAAGAAGAGGAGACACAAGAGCAGUACAACAAGAAACUCGUCAAGAUGGACAAGGCUCGUGAGCACGGUGUUGUCUGCACUGUUUUGUAG